AUGGCACAGAAGAUGAGGGCCGCUGUCAGUCACAAAUAUGGUCGUGAUCAUAAGCUGGGCACACAGCCAUGGUCCGGGCACACAAUGGUUGCUGGGAAGCACAUUGGGAACCCAUCACUUUCUGUAACCAUCUCCCAAUACAUGGUCAGUCAUCGUCGGAGAAAGGAAUAUGGACUGACAUCCUGCAAACGGAAGGCUGAAAAUCCAGCUGAGUGGGCAGGAUUUGUGAUCUGCACAAUGCUUCUGUUACUUUACCUUGUACCAAUGAUCUGCCUCUUGCGUUAUGACGAGGCCCUUCGAAUCACUUGGGCAGAUGUGCGUGCUUUACUCAGAGAGCACAGUAGUAUAGCUCAUGACUGCACAGGGAUAGCACCGUUCUAUGUAUAUCCUGAUGGGGAAUGUCCAUGGAUGUGCCUUGUGCGUAUGUUUGCAGUUUGGUGGGUGUUGGCAAGAGAGAGGUGUGAGAACCUGGAUGGUUUUGUUUUCCGAAAGAAAAUUGGCACAGACAGUAUCAGUGUGAACCCCACAGACGGCAUGACCUCCGAUUCUUUUCUCGAGUGUUUUCGUAACAACCUCCUGGACAUCAGAGUAGAUCCACGUCCCUAUGGUACUCAUUUGUUUCAAUGGGGAGGGUGUCAGUUUUUAUACAAAGUGUGCAGAUGGGACUUUCGGGACAUUUGUGACUGGGGAGGAUGGGCUGAAAACUUCGACAAUCCAGGUACCAUUUUUAAGUACCUGUUGUCGUGGAACAACAAUCCUCGGGAGCAGCAAGAGCACUAUAUGAAUCCUAACUGGCCAAGGAAGGACCCUUGCCAUGCUUGUGGUAGAACUUGUCAUUGCGCUUGA